AUGACACAAAAUCAAUCCCCAUCAAAUGAUGAAGUAGAUCUUGAACAUCAAGCAACGUUAGUAUCAGAUGCGACUGUAGCCAUAAAAACUAUAAAAAAUGUCGAUAAUCAAAUUAUUAAUGACAAUAGCUCGCCAUCAUCUAAUGGUACUUUAUUACAUGGAGUUGAAUUAUUUUUAGUUGUUCUUGGUCUAGGAUGUGCUGUAUUUUUAGCCGCCUUAGAUCAAACAAUAGUUUCCACCGCUUUACCUAACAUAGUUUCAGAUUUUAAUGGAUUGGAUCAAAUCGCGUGGGUUGCAACUUCUUAUCUACUCACAACGACUUCCUUUCAACCAAUCUAUGGAAAAUUAUCUGAUAUUUUUGGUCGUAAAGCAACAUUCUUAGGUGCAAUUACCAUCUUUGAAUUAGGCAGUUUGUUAUGUGGUGUUGCCACUAAUAUGGUUUCAAUGAUAAUAUUCCGUGCAAUCGCUGGUAUUGGAGGUGGUGGAAUCAUUGGUCUCGUCUUAAUUAUAAUUACAGAUAUUGUUAGCUCUAAAGAUCAGGGAAAAUACCAGGGUAUUGUUAGCGCAUGCUUUGGUGUUGCUUCCGUAGCAGGCCCUCUUUUGGGUGGUGCUUUUACUGAUCAUGUCAGUUGGAGAUGGUGUUUUUUCAUUAAUCUUCCAUUAGGUGCAAUAACAAUAAUCGGUGUAGUUAGGUUUCUUCAUUUACCAAAACCACCUGGUUCAUUACUUAAUAAAAUUAAAAGAGUUGAUAUUAUCGGCACCAUUGUAAUGAUCUCGUCAACUGUUUGUAUCUUAUUACCUCUUAAUUGGGGCGGUAGCACUUAUCCUUGGAAUAGUCCCGUGGUUAUAAUACCUUUAUGUGUCGGUGCAAUCGGUUACAUAAUAUUCGGUCUUGUUGAGAAUUAUAUCGUUACUGAACCAGUUGCUCCACCUACACAAUCCGGAUUAGAGUUCAUGCCUUACAUUCUUGGUGUGGUAGUUUUCCUAAUCCUAACCGGUCAACUAUUCUCUCGAACAGACAAAAUACAGUUUCGAUUAGUGACUCUAAUUGCUUCGGCAUUGGCAAUAAUCAGUGCUGGAUUACUCAUUAUGUGGAGGGAAAAUACUGGUUAUGGUGAAUAUAUAGGAUACAUGUUAAUUGGUGGUAUUGGGAUGGGUGCAAGCAUUCAGGCUGUUACAUUAGGCGUUCAAGGAUUGGUUGAGCCGAAGGAUAUAGCUUCGGCUACUACAUUAUCAUUAUUCUUUAGGAGCAUUGGGGCUGUUUUUGGAAUUGCAAUAGCAGGAACAGCAUUUAAUAAUAGACUUUCUCAAGAAUUAAGUACUUUAACUUUACCUCCAUCUUUUUCAACACAAUCUGUAUAUACUAUACAAUCAUUACCACCAGAUACACGGCUAUUAGUCAUUCACGCUUAUGUGUUAGCAUUUCAAUUCACCUUUGUGCUUUUCACAAUAUUUAGUGCGUUAAUGUUUAUUUCAGCGUUGUUUAUGGGAAAUAGUAAACCAAUACAUAAGGAUGGAGAAAAAAUGAUUUCUGCAUUUGAAUAA